ACCACUUCCAUCUCUCUCGGUGACUGCCUCCUCUUCCGGGGGCGGGGCUUCAUGCCUCCCUCUCCCCCAAUGAGGAGGGUACCACUUCCAUCUCUCUCUUGGUGACUGCCUCCUCUUCCGGGGGCGGGGCUUCAUGCCUCCUCUCCCCCAAUGAGGAGGGUACCACUUCCAUCUCUCUCUUGGUGACUGCCUCCUCUUCCGGGGGCGGGGCUUCAUGCCUCCCUCUCCCCCAAUGAGGAGGGUACCACUUCCAUCUCUCUCUUGGUGACUGCCUCCUCUUCCGGGGGCGGGGCUUCAUGCCUCCCUCUCCCCCAAUGAGGAGGGUACCACUUCCAUCUCUCUCUUGGUGACUGCCUCCUCUUCCGGGGGCGGGGCUUCAUGCCUCCCUCUCCCCCAAUGAGGAGGGUACCACUUCCAUCUCUCUCUUGGUGACUGCCUCCUCUUCCGGGGGCGGGGCUUCAUGCCUCCUUUCCCCCUAUGUGGAGGGUACCACUUCCAUCUCUCCCUUGGUGCCAUCCCAUUUUUUUCACACAUCUGCAAGCUGCCAGAGGCAGCCUCUUUGCUAAUUAGUUCAGGGCAGCAAAUUUCAACAUAGCCUCAGUUCAGAUUGUUCCCAAAGUGAAGGGCAUGUGAAUUCUUGCCUGUACAGCUACAGGUCCAAGAGUGGAUGGAGGAGCACAGGCCUCCUUCCAGAAACCAGGCAGGAAACUCAACCCUGGAUCCUGUGUUGCCUCUCCCCUAGGGUGAUUUGCCGUUAUCCUUGUUUGUUUGUUCGUUUAUUUACUUAUUAACUUAUCUUGUAGCACUCACAUUACAACACGAAGACACGUGGGGUGCAGGGGGUCUCAGCAGCUCCGAGGCUGGAGUCUGAACCCCCUUUUCCUCCGUGAAGCAAUGCUCCAACUCCUUGCUUUCCCAGGAAUAUAAGAACACAAGGAGGCUGUUCGGACACGCGGCUCUUGUCCACCAUGAAUGAGUGUCACUAUGACAAGCGGAUGGACUUUUUCUACAACAGGAGCAACACAGACACGGCGGACGAGUGGACGGGGACGAAGCUCGUGAUCGUCCUGUGCGUUGGGACAUUCUUCUGCCUCUUUAUAUUUUUUUCUAACUCCCUGGUCAUCGCAGCAGUGAUCACGAAUAGGAAGUUCCACUUUCCCUUCUACUACCUGCUGGCUAACUUGGCGGCUGCGGAUUUCUUUGCCGGAAUCGCUUAUGUGUUCCUGAUGUUUAACACCGGCCCGGUGUCGAAAACCUUGACUGUCAACCGCUGGCUUCUCCGCCAGGGGCUCCUAGACACAAGCCUGACGGCCUCCCUGGCCAAUCUGCUGGUAAUUGCUGUGGAAAGACACAUGUCAAUCAUGAGGAUGAGAAUCCACAGCAACUUGACCAAAAAACGGGUGACGCUGCUCAUCCUGCUGGUGUGGGCCAUAGCCAUUUUCAUGGGGGCGGUCCCCACGCUGGGCUGGAAUUGCCUCUGCAACAUCUCAGCCUGCUCCUCUCUGGCCCCGAUUUACAGCAGGAGUUACCUCAUCUUCUGGACGGUGUCAAACCUCCUGGCCUUCUUCAUCAUGGUGGUGGUGUACGUGCGCAUCUACAUGUAUGUCAAGAGGAAAACCAACGUCCUCUCUCCGCACACGAGUGGCUCCAUCAGCCGCCGGAGGGCCCCCAUGAAGCUAAUGAAGACGGUGAUGACUGUCUUAGGAGCCUUCGUGGUGUGCUGGACCCCGGGUCUCGUGGUGCUGCUGCUGGACGGCCUGAACUGCAAGCAGUGUAAUGUGCAGCACGUGAAGCGCUGGUUCCUGCUGCUGGCGCUGCUCAACUCCGUCAUGAACCCCAUCAUCUACUCGUACAAGGACGAGGACAUGUACAACACCAUGCGGAAGAUGAUCUGCUGUGCCCCGCACGACAGCAACGCCGAGAGGCACCCCUCCCGCAUCCCCUCUACCAUCCACAGCAGGAGCGACACGGGCAGCCAGUACCUGGAGGACAGCAUCAGCCAGGGCCAGGUGUGCAAUAAAAGCAGCUCCUAAGCCAGGGACGCCUCCGCCCUCUCCCCCUGGGGAAAGAGCCCUUAAGAGUCCUUGCCUGUCUCACAAAGCACAUGGACAGGGUUGUUUGAGGGCUCCAUGAAUCACUGCUGGGCCUUGUAAGUUUUCAUUGUCAAGGAAGAUAAGAUACUGCAUUUAGUAAGAGUGCACAGAAAAGGGAGAGAUGAACAGUGGGCUCCUGCUCGUCGUCUGCGAACCGCUCCGAACAUCCUCCAGCUCUCGCGCAAAGCAUGCUGGGCUCUGCCACCAUCUUGCCGCCAUGGUCUGUGUGUUUUCAAAGAUGGUGUUGAAGGUCCUAGGUCAAAAGAAGUAGUAAAUAAUGGUACCUGAGCCUCCAUGUGUAGCUGCUAGACUCUAGUUGUUUCCGCGUGGGUUUAAAAUGUUCAGAAAAUAUUUUAGCAGUGGACUUGGAUUUCCCCAGAGGAGCCAUGAUCCAGAACUAGAUGUAUUGCAGAAAUCUGGGAACAAACUGUAUAGAGGGGUAAACUUGGUGUAUAACCACGUGACUUUCUGAGGAAAGAGAACACUGCAAGGGUGGAGGUGUAGAAGCUCUUCUGGAGUGGAAAGAGCUUUUUGUCCUUUGUACACGUGGGUGUACAUGCUACACACACGGGUGUACAUCCACCUCUACUUAUACAAUUCAACUUCAUUUAACGAAGCCCAUCCGUGAUGGCGAGUUUAGACCACUGCCUCCUAGAGUUUUCAGUCCAGGCUAGUGGCUUUAGAGAUUGUCUUUGUGUUCUAAACAAGAAGAGAAAACACUAUUCACUUCUAAAGGGGCAACUGUACAGCAGAGUAAGUGAUGAUAUUGACCAGCAGGCUGAACCUCUUCCAAAUAGCGUCAAAUACGAGCAUGAUUAGAUCCUAGAUCCUCCGUCUUGGUGGUCUGGAUACCACUGAUGGGUUUGCUGGAUUCCAUGUGCAAAGAAACUGCACAUCUAGUAUUUUAACCAAAGCUGCCAGCAUACUCUAUCUUACUUGUGGACUGAAUUUUUGAUCUUGCAUUUUUUUUUCUCCUUCAAAGACCUAUGAAAGGCAGAUCAGUUAAAAACAAAAAUAGUGUUUCAUACACAUAGGCUACUGACCAGUGUUUUCUAUGUGAGACAUUUAGAGACUAUUCUGACUUAAAGAAUAACUUCAAGGCAGGUACUAUGGUAUUUAUGUAGUUUGCAAACGUUUACAUGUUCUCUCUCUCUCUCUCUCUCUCUCUCUCUCUCUCUCUCUCUGCUGUUGUGAUGUAACAUUUAUGUGCACAAACUACUUGUAAUAAAAGAUUUUAAGAAGUUGUGCUUUGAGAUAUGAUGGCCUAAAAUAUAGAGCCUUAUGAUUUGAAGUCUUAGAUUUUACAUGCUUGAUGUGGUAGGUAGGUGUGCCCAAAGCUUAUGUGAAAGCUACCUAUAAAAUAAAAGUUUUAAAGGAUCUGUUAUCCUUUAA